AUGGCAUCCUCGCAACUUAGUGCCGCAGAGGCACGAUGGCGCGAACAAUUUGCGGCUAUGCAAGAAGCUAUCGCCAACCUCAAAAUUCCUCAAGAGAAUGGAUCAGUCGAAGAUGAUAUCGAUGAUGACGAAUUUGGUGGUUACUCCAGUGGAAAUAGCGGCCAGGAUGUCUGGGACUUUAUCUCAGAUGACGACCAGGAAGCCUUAAGCAGCGACUUCGCUGAUGGAGACGCCCCAGAUGGAUCAGUUGUGGCAGAUUACGGUGCCGAAUGGUUUGCAAUUAGAUGUUCAGCCAUCGCAGCCAAGAAUGGACUGUCUGCUGAUGUGUUUGAGAGCCAAAUCAUGAGUGUUCUCAACUCUAAUCGCUCUGACGAUGAGCUCCAGAUCCAGCUUACUGACUUGGUAGGCUUUGAUGAUCUUGACUUUAUCAUCGAGAUACUGGGUCACAGAAAUGAGAUCGUUUCAGCUGUCAAAAGUCAGAGUCAGGGGAGCUCCAGCGAACCUCGACUCCUGACCAAGGCUCAAAGAGAAGAAAACCUGCGUCGCCAAGAUCAAGCACACAAAUCUGCAACUCUUGCACCAGCACAUUCAAAGGAACCCCAAUACCCACACGUCUAUAAAGCAUACAGCGCUGGAAACACCCUGAGCUAUGCCGGUAAAAAGUACGGACUGCCAGUUGGCAGUGAGCGGCUAUCGUUUGACAAGUACGAGGAGUACUUUAUCCCCGCUGGCAAGAAGGGUGUACUGGGCCCUGGACAGCGGCUUAUUCCUGUCAAGGAACUCAAUGGGUUGUGCCGGAAUACAUUCAAGGGCUACAAGACGCUUAACCGUAUGCAGAGUCUUGUCUAUCCUGUUGCCCAUAAGACUAGUGAGAACAUGUUGAUAUGUGCUCCUACUGGUGCUGGUAAAACGGAUGCUGCUAUGCUUACCAUUCUUCAAACAAUUGCACAGAAUGUUGAGCCUAACCCCUUCGAAGACCCGUCAGCCACAGAAUUUGCUGUCAACGCCGAUGACUUCAAAAUCGUCUAUGUUGCUCCCAUGAAGGCGCUUGCUGCUGAGGUUACAGAGAAGCUAGGCAAGCGACUGGCCUGGCUUGGUAUCAAAUGUCGAGAGUACACUGGAGAUAUGCAGCUCACCAAGUCUGAAAUCAUCCAGACUCAAAUUAUUGUUACGACACCCGAGAAAUGGGAUGUCGUCACACGCAAGGGCACUGGAGACACGGAACUUGUUCAAAAAGUUCGUCUUCUCAUUAUAGACGAGGUACAUAUGCUUCAUGAUGAGAGAGGCGCUGUCCUAGAAUCCCUUGUGGCUCGAACGGAACGGCAGGUUGAGAGUACGCAGUCUCUCAUUCGAAUUGUUGGUCUCAGUGCCACACUACCCAAUUAUGUCGAUGUCGCCGAUUUCCUGAAAGUCAACAAAUAUGCAGGCCUAUUCUACUUCGACUCGUCCUUCCGCCCUGUUCCUUUGGAACAACAUUUCAUCGGCGUCAAAGGAAAGGCUGGAACAAAGCAAUCGAAGGAGAAUCUUGAUCAGGUCGCUUUUGACAAGGUCAAAGAGAUGCUCGAGCGUGAUCAUCAAGUCAUGGUGUUCGUUCACUCACGAAGAGACACGCAGUUUACAGCGCGAAUGCUGCACCAGAAGGCCAUUGAUGCCAUGUGUGCAGAUCUCCUUGACCCAAGCUAUCAUCCUGGGUUUGAGCAAGCGUCGCGUGAUAUCAAGCAGUCCAAGUCCAAGGAGAUUCGUGAGCUCCUAUCCAAGGGCAUUGGUGUUCACCACGCUGGAAUGGCAAGAUCUGACCGAAACUUGAUGGAAAGACUAUUUGGAGAGGGUGUCCUGAAGGUUCUUUGCUGUACCGCCACUCUAGCAUGGGGUGUCAACUUGCCUGCCGCAGCAGUCGUAAUCAAGGGAACUCAGGUUUACAGCGCCCAGGAUGGUAAAUUUGUCGAUCUGGGAAUUCUUGACGUACUGCAGAUCUUUGGUCGAGCUGGUCGUCCUCAAUUCGAAGAUACUGGUAUCGGCAUGAUCUGCACAACCCACGACAAGCUAACCCAUUACCUGACUGCCGUGACGGAACAGCAGCCCAUCGAAUCGAAAUUCUCGACGAAGCUAGUUGACAAUCUGAAUGCUGAAAUCGCACUCGGAACUGUCACUUCUAUUCCGGACGCCGUCCAGUGGAUCGGAUACUCGUACCUCUUCGUGCGCAUGCAAAGGAGCCCAAUGUCUUAUGGCAUAGAAUGGUCAGAAAUUCGCGACGACCCAAACCUGGUUCAAAGACGCCGUCAGCUUGCUAUUCAGGCUGCCAAAACCUUGCAGCAAUGCCAGAUGAUUAUCUACAAUGAAAGGACAGAUGAGCUGCGCAGCAAGGAUAUCGGAAGAAUUGCCAGUCAAUACUAUAUUCUCCACACAAGUAUCCAAGUUUUCAACGCCAUGAUGCAACCUCAGGCCACAGAGGCCGACAUUCUAAAGAUGAUCAGUAUGAGUGGAGAGUUUGACAACAUCCAAUCCAGAGAUAGUGAGGAGAAGGAGUUGACUCAUCUACGUCGAGAGAUCAUCCCAUGUGAUGUGGAUGGAGGCAUUGACACCCCUCAGGCAAAAACAAACAUUUUGCUACAGUCUUACAUCUCGAAAGCGCAGCCGGAAGAUUUCGCCCUCUCAAAUGACAUGAACUACGUUGCUCAGCAGUCUGGGCGUAUUUGUCGAGCACUCUUCAUGCUUGCCCUCAAUCGCCGAUGGGGUCACCAGUGCCUCGUGCUUCUAACUCUGGCAAAGUCGAUUGAAAAGCGCAUCUGGCCCUACCAGCAUCCUCUUCAUCAGUUUGACCUUGCAAAGUCGGUCCUGAACCAGCUCGACGCGAAAGAGAACUUGACAAUUGAGACCAUGAAAGACAUGGAGCCUGCAGAGAUUGGAGGUUUGAUCCACAACCAGAGUGCCGGCAAGAAUAUUGCCAAGAUCCUGAACAACUUUCCGACUGUUCACGUCGAGGCUGAAAUCGCUCCCCUAAACCGAGAUGUGUUGCGUAUUAAGCUCUAUGUUAUUCCCGAUUUCCGAUGGCACGACCAGAUUCAUGGAACCUCAGAAUCGUUCUACAUUUGGGUCGAGAAUUCUGAGACUUCAGAGAUAUACCAUCAUGAAUUUUUCAUCCUAAACAGAAGAAAGUUACAUGAUGAUCAUGAGCUAAACUUCACAAUUCCCCUUUCUGAUCCCUUGCCUAGCCAGAUAUACGUCCGAGCCGUCUCAGACAGAUGGCUAGGAGCUGAGACCGUCACCCCGGUCUCCUUCCAGCAUCUCAUCCGUCCAGACACUGAAAGCGUCUAUACUGACCUCCUGAAUCUUCAACCACUACCUAUCUCGGCCCUCAAGAACCCUGCGCUUGAAGAACUCUAUGCCAAGCGCUUCGAGUACUUCAACCCCAUGCAAACGCAAAUCUUCCACACGCUUUACCAUACGCCUGCCAAUGUGCUUCUUGGAUCACCCACUGGUAGCGGCAAGACUGUUGCUGCAGAGCUUGCCAUGUGGUGGGCUUUCCGUGAAAGACCCAAGUCAAAGGUUGUCUAUAUUGCGCCAAUGAAGGCACUUGUCCGCGAGCGAGUCAAAGACUGGGGAGUUAGAUUGGCGCGACCACUGGGCUUGAAGUUGGUGGAGUUAACUGGUGACAAUACUCCCGAUACUAGAACUAUCCAGGACGCUGAUAUCAUCAUCACCACGCCUGAGAAGUGGGACGGUAUUUCUCGUUCAUGGCAGACAAGAGGGUACGUUCGACAAGUGAGCCUGGUCAUUAUUGACGAGAUUCAUCUUCUGGCUGGAGAUCGUGGGCCUAUUCUCGAGAUCAUUGUGUCCCGUAUGAACUACAUCGCUUCCUCGACCAAGAAUGCCGUCCGUCUCCUGGGUAUGUCAACUGCUUGCGCCAACGCGACAGACCUGGGUAACUGGCUAGGUGUCAAAGAAGGUCUUUUCAACUUUAAGCACUCAGUCCGUCCUGUUCCUCUGGAAUUAUACAUCGAUGGCUUCCCAGAAGUCAGGGGAUUCUGUCCUUUGAUGCAGUCUAUGAAUCGCCCCACCUUCUUGGCUGUUAAGAAUCACAGUCCUGACAAGCCCGUCAUUGUUUUCGUUCCCUCGCGAAGACAAACUCGUCUGACUGCAAAGGAUCUCAUCAACUUUUGUGGUAUGGAAGAUAACCCCCGACGAUUCCUUCACAUGGAUGAAGAUGAUUUGCAGCUUAACCUUGCUCGAGUCAAGGAUGACGCGCUGAAGGAAGCCAUCAACUUUGGAAUUGGUCUACAUCACGCAGGUCUAGUUGAGUCGGAUCGUCAGCUUGCUGAAGAGUUGUUCUUGAACAACAAGAUCCAGAUCCUGGUCGCCACUAGUACUCUCGCCUGGGGUGUCAACUUGCCUGCUCAUCUGGUUGUCGUCAAAGGAACACAAUUCUUCGAUGCCAAAAUUGAGGCAUACAAAGACAUGGACUUGACCGAUGUUCUGCAAAUGUUGGGUCGUGCCGGUCGUCCUCAGUUCGAUAACUCGGGAGUUGCACGUAUCUUUACCCAGGAUUCCAAGAAGGACUUUUACAAGCACUUCCUUCACACUGGCUUCCCGGUAGAGUCCUCGCUUCACACCGUUUUGGAUAACCAUCUUUGCGCCGAAGUCUCGGCUGAGACCAUUGUCACCAAACAGGACGCGCUCGACUAUCUCACAUGGACAUUCUUCUUCAGGCGACUACACAAGAAUCCGUCGUACUACGGACUCGAGAUUUCUGCUGAGGAGCACAAUAGCAUCGCUGCUCAGCAGCUUGCUAAUGAAUACAUGAUUGAGAUGGUUAGCAAGUCACUCAACGAGCUUGCUGACUCUAAAUGUGUUGAGGUGUUCCCCAAUGGCGACGUUGAUCCCACACCUCUUGGCAAGAUCAUGAGUUACUACUACCUCUCGCACAAGACGAUCCGCCACCUUGUCAAGCACGCGAAAGCUCAAGCUUCAUUCCUGGACGUUUUGUCAUGGAUGUCCCGCGCUACCGAGUACGACGAACUCCCCGUGCGCCAUAAUGAAGACCUCAUAAACAACACUCUUUCGGACAACUUGCCAUUCCCUGGCCACGCCUUUGGGCUGCCUAUGUGGGAUCCUCACGUGAAGGCUUUCCUGCUUCUUCAAGCACAUAUGUCUCAGAUAGACCUUCCAAUCACUGAUUAUGUUGGUGAUCAGACGAGUGUUCUCGAUCAGGCUAUCCGUGUCAUACAGGCUUCCAUCGAUGUUCUGACCGAGCUUGGUUAUCUGUCCAGUUGCCUGCAAAUGAUGGCUCUUCUCCAGUCGAUCAAGUCGGCUCGUUGGCCUACUGAUGCACCAGUGUCCAUCUUACCUACGAUCGAGCCUGACGUCAAGAACGAUAUACCAAUUGCUAAGAUCAGCGCGCUGACUAGACCUCAGGCGAUGCAACUUGCUAAGAAGCUUGGUGUAUCUGCGAGCCAGCACAACCGUUUCGCUCGUGCGGUAUCUAUCCUACCUAACGUCGAGGUAUCCAUCGCUGCAGCCACGGCACUCUCAGUGACCAUUGGUCUUAAGCGUCUCAACCAGCUGGUCGAGCGAGAGGCUCGCAUCUACGCACCCAAGUUCCCUAAACCACAAACAGAAUCGUGGUUCGUUAUCGUGGCUGAUUUGGCACGGGACGAAGUCAUUGCAGUGAAGCGUGUGGGUUGGACCACGAACCCCAAUCGCAAGCUCGAGGCUGGUGGUCGACCCACGGCGAAGACAACCAUCAAGCUCCCUCCGGCUCAGGCAGGCCAGGCCCGCAAGUUCGACGUUCUUGUUGUCAGCGAUGCUUAUCCGGGGCUUGAAUAUCGUGUUGAGGGUGUCGAUAUUCCUGCUCCGCCCACUGUGGAUGAUGCUGUGCAAUCAAAGAAGGCGGAUGCGUCUGGGUCAAAAUGA